AUAUUUGAUCGAUCCAGGAUGGCCCCAAAGACUCCCAUUAAGAAUGAACCAGUUGAUUUAUCAAAGCAAAAAGGCUGCACCCCGGAAAGAAAUCCAAUUACACCCGUUAAGCUCGUUGACAGACCUCAGCCUGAUCCCUGGACCCCCACCGCUAACCUGAAGAUGCUUGUUAGUGCUGCUAGCCCUGACAUGAGGGACAGGGAAAAGAAGAAAGAGCUCUUCAGACCCAUAGAAAACAGUGAGCAGAGUGACACACCUGAUUCGUUACAGUAUGAUAUGGUAGACGACAGUACGGUUGAUGAAUUUGAAAAACAGAGGCCCAGCAGAAAACAGAAAAGCUUAGGACUCUUGUGCCAAAAGUUUCUAGCUCGCUAUCCAAGUUAUCCAUUGUCAACAGAAAAAACUACUAUUUCUUUGGAUGAAGUGGCUUCAAUUCUCGGAGUUGAGCGGAGACGAAUUUACGAUAUAGUGAACGUCCUGGAGUCGUUGCACUUGGUUAGCCGUGUGGCCAAGAACCAGUACUGUUGGCAUGGCCGGCACAACCUAAGUCAGACUCUGAAAACACUUCAGGAAGCAGGAGAGCUGCAGUAUGGAGAGCUAAUGACCUUCGUCCAGCACAAGGAGCAGGACUUGGAGUACAAAUUUGGAGAACGGAAAAAGGAAACUAUUCCAGAUUCUCAAGACAGACCAUUACUGGACUUUUCAGAACCAGAUUGCACCUCUGCAUCUGCAAACAGCAGAAAGGACAAGUCGUUGCGGAUUAUGAGCCAAAAGUUUGUCAUGCUGUUCCUUGUCUCCAAGACCAAGAUAGUCACUCUGGACAUCGCAGCGAAGAUACUGAUAGAAGAAACACAGGAUACAGUGGACCACAGCAAAUUUAAAACAAAGGUACGAAGACUGUAUGAUAUCGCCAAUGUCCUCACCAGCCUUGGCUUGAUCAAGAAAGUUCAUGUCACAGAGGAACGAGGACGCAAACCAGCCUUCAAGUGGAUUGGGCCUGCGGAAUUCCCUGGAAAGACCGAUGAGCCGAGAGGGCAUAGCCCAACAUCUGAUCCUCUGCCAGGGACGCAGAGUGGAGCCUGUGCCCCGUAUCGGAUCUGUGCUACUGGGAAGCAAAGGUUUACACGUCACACUUCUUUUAACGGCACACAGCCUUGUGAAGGGACCAGAAGGAAGGUCAGUUCUGAGCCCAGCAGCCCACAUCAAGAGAGGCAAGCCUGUGUUGUGAAUUCAGAUGAAUAUUGCUCCAAAAUGAUAAAUCUAGCAGCUGUCUGCAGGCAGAAAAUAGAGGAAGAUACUAGGAAUAAAGCUUGUGCCACAGAAACAAUAUUAAAUUCAGCAAGGAACCCAAGCAUAACCUCACCUCUCUCCCUUCUUCCAGUUCCUGGGGACUCUGAUUUUUGUGUUAACCCUUUGCCUCAGGCAGUUUUCCCUGUGGUUCAGGCAGAUAUGCCAAGCCUCUCGCUGCCAAGUGGCAUCAGCGGCCAAGCUCUACAUCCUUCCACGCCAGCAGCCUCCAAAACAGAAAACGGAAAACCUGCCCUGCUCCCCAACCAACCCUUCCUGUGCUUCCCCUCUUCAUCCCUUUUUAUGUUGUGUGGCAGUCUUCAGGAAAAUAACCUGAGGGAGACCCUGCCCACCACAGGAGACAUGGGCAACAAGAGGGCAGAAGCUCAGGCCGCUGUACCUCCAGCUGCCUGCCAGAAACGCAGCUCCCACAAGUGCGCGUCACCCUCUGCACCUGUGGAUGAUGAAGAGCCAGCUGCUAAAAAGCAGACCAUGGAACAGAGUGAUGUGCCACUCUCACUUGUAGUACCCAAGAAGCCUUUUGAGUCAUUCAAGGCAGAAUCUACCACAGGAACUGGCUGUACAUCUGCUGAACAUCUAGAAGCUUUUCAUCUUGACCUCGCAAGUCCUGCUGCUCCAGAGGCUGCAGACAAGGAGUCUACUAAGCCUUUAGAGUCUCAGGAGCAAGAAAAAUGGUCUCAGAAUAAAGACCCUGAUGAACCCUCUCCAGGAAAAGAGCACAUCUCUAAAGAAAAUGCCAAUCAACCUUUCCUACCACAGUAUCUUUAUGUUCAGCCUACUGCUGGAUUAAGCAGUUUUAAUUUCCUGUUGGCUGCAAACCAAGCCCCUGGUGCUAUCAGCCUGGCUGCGAGCCAGUUACCUUCUCUGAGCGUCCCCUGUGUCGUGGUGCCAUCAGCAGCCUUGGCUUCCUUCCCUCUCGUCUGUUCUCCCACGAUCACCAGUCCUCUUUCCCCAGUUCCCGAUGGCUCCUUCUCGGCUGCUGCCUCCAUGAAUUUCAGUAUGUCUGGCCUGGCAUCAACAACGCCUGUUUUCAUAGGCACCACGGCAGUGGUAACCCCCAAGGUCUCACCCGCGUCUUCGGUGGAUCCCCAGCAACCAGCUCACCCUCCUCUGCACCUGAGUCCCGUGCUUGCGAGGUCUCGCGGUGCUGUUAAACGGGACUCCCCCGUGUGUAUGGGGCAUUCGGUGACCCUUCUGAAGCUGCAGCAGCCUUCAUCAACUCCCCUCACUCCCAAGAGCAUUCGUCCUGCACGUCAUGAGGCAUUUUUCAAAACUCCCAGAAGUCUUGGAGACCCUGUUGCAUGGAAGAAAAAUGAAGGCAACCAGACCAGAAAUGCCAGCUCUGUGCAGAGGAGACUGGAAAUCUCUAGUACCAGCCCUGACUAA